AUGCUCCAGUUUCACGGAAUACCGGAACAUUUAAACUCGCCAUCACAUGGAAGUUCGCUAUUGCGUCGAAGGGGAACAUUUGCAUUGAUAUUUCACGACUCGGAACAAGAACCCACAACACAACCAGCAUGUCGGUAUUUUAGGUCCAAAAAGCUGUUGGCCAAAGAAGAAAAGAUUCAAAUAAAUGUCAGCGGGAAAAGGUAUCAAAUGACUUCUCGACUGCUAAAGAAUUUCCCGAACAGUUUACUAGGCAAUCCUGCAAAGCGUCAACUUUAUACGGAAAACGGUGAAAUGUUCUUCGAUAGGAAUCGAAUAGCAUUUGAGAGCGUUUUCAAUUUCUACACAACUGGAGGAAAGCUUGUUCUGCCAAACGAUGGCUUAUCCGAGCAACUGGUAGCUGAUGAAUUGUAUUUUUUUGGAUUAUAUGACUAUUUGAGUCAGGACGACAAAAGAUACAGUUUGCCGCUUCCAAGAAGAUUGCAGACAAAGAAACUCCUUAAACCAAAAGGUGUUUAUCGAAAGAGAAUUUGGGAAGUGUGUGAAGUACCCGCAUCAAGUACCUUUGCGCGCAUCCUCAAUCUAUUUUCGCUGUUUGUAAUAACGCUUGCAGUUGUUUUAGCAUUCGUCAGUUCUUUACCAAACAUACGAAGCUCGCGGGAUUUUGCAGAGAUCACUACAUUGAGAAAAACAACAAGUCAUAUGACUUCUAAUCAGAACCAUACCGCGACUGCAACAUUCAGCAGCUUACAUGCCAUGGAGAUUAUCUUCAAAGCAGAACUAUGUUGUAUUGCUUGGUUUACGUUUGAAGUUUUAGUACGCUUUAUCGUUGCUCCAGAAAAGCGAAAAUUCUUUCUGGGAGUUCUAAACAUCAUAGAUAUCGUAGCAGUUCUUCCGAUCUACAUUUCAUUGAUCGCUUCAAUCAAAAACAUGGUCCCUAUUUACAUCGUCAAAGUCUUCCGUCUUUCAAGGAUUUUUCAAGUGCUUAAAACCUCACGCCUUAAUUCAAAAAUGAAAGUUGUAGGCAAAACUGCUAAAGCCUGCGUGUACGAUGUCUGGACUAUCGUAUUUCUAACUUGGAUUGGUACGGUCCUCUUUGGAAGUACAGUGUAUUACUGUGAGCAGUGGGACGAGGGAACUGUGUUUCACAGCAUACCUCACGCAUGCUGGUGGGCCGUGGUGACGAUAAGCACGCUAGGCUAUGGUGAUAUGGUGCCUAAAACCUUAGGUAAGUCAAAGAAUAAAGUCAAAGAACGAGCUCAUCCUGUACCCAGAUCCCAAUGAAAAAACACGAGGAAAGUGUGGGACAACCGAAAUGUUGGUUCAUGCCCAAUACCGGCAAAGCAGCCUUGGAAUCCUGGGUGGGGUUGGGAAACUCUGGUGGUAAAGUGAAAGGGAUGAUCAAAAGGUUCUUUUCGGUUCCAAAUUUUCCAUUUCGAGAAUUUUUUUUUGGCGGGGGGAGGGGGAGGGGUCUGAUUCUUGCUCCCUUUCGAUCAUCCCCAUCACUUUCACUCCGGCCUUUAAAUCCUCCCUGCGUCUUUCCGAAAAAUAAUUAAAAUUACUUUCAAUUGAUCAAUUUUCUUUUUCCACAGCUGGUAAGAUCGUGGCAGGAAUAUGCUCGGUCUCUGGCGUGGUGCUCAUCACGCCGUUACUGCCGAUCAUUUAUAACAAGUAUGACAGGUUUCAAAAACUGGAGGAUAGCAAAGCAACAACAAAAUACCGGAACAGUGUCAAGCUGAGGAGAAGAAACUCUCUCAGUUCUCACGGUCAACCCAACAACAAGGUUAUAUCCUAUGUUUGA